AUGUCCACGGACGAGCGGUCGUGGGAUGACGACGUCGUCGUCGACCAGACCGACUUGGACGACUUCAAUGAACUCGGCAUUUUACCUGUCUCGCCAGAAACAGAGGCUGAGAUCCGCAGCUGGCUCAAGCCAACCAAGUACAACGCCGAGAAUGGCGAGUUCAGAAAACACCAGAGGUCACAUCUCGCGGGCACAGGCGACUGGAUUCGCCAGACCGCCUCGUACACAGAGUGGCACGAUAGCGAUGGCCAGGGAAUGCUUUGGAUAAAGGGAAUCCCCGGUUCGGGCAAAUCCGUGGUUGCCGCCAGCCUCAUUGAGCGGCUAUCUCAGGAAGAACAAGUUCCGACCCUGUUCUUCUUCUUUCGCCAGAUUAUCGAUGCCAAUCACGCCCCGGUUGCUCUACUGCGAGACUGGCUGGACCAGGUCUUGAGUUACUCUCCUCCCCUCCAGACUCGAUUGAAGAAGGAAUACAUUGAUAAGAAUCGCGGGAUUGACGAUAUGUCUAUGAACGAUAUGUGGGGGGAGUUGAAACUGGCCUUGGGCACCUUACCCAAGGUCUUCUGCGUGGUUGACGCCCUAGACGAGAUGGACAAGGGGAACGACGAGUUUCUCAAGGCUCUUGCAGAUCUGGGUAGAUGGCGGCCCUCAAAUGUCAAGAUCAUCGUUACAAGUCGCCCUGUGCCUGCAGUGGAGAGACCCCUCCAGCAGAUUCCAAUGCUUCAUAUUCGCCUGGACGAAGGCCACGUGGAUGUAGACAUCGCAACGUACGUGGACUAUUGUCUCAAAAACUCGUCUAUUCCGGAGAAUCACCGUGGCGAGAUCAAGAAGGCAGUCCCCGGGAGGGCAAACGGAUUGUUUCUUUACGCCAAGCUAGCGAUGGAUGCCUUUAGAGAGAAGGGAGCAGACGUGGCGCAGGUCCUGGAAAGGCUUCCUCUUGAUCUCAACGUCAUGUAUACCAACUUAUUGCGCGAACAUGGCAAGAACUCCGGAGUUCCCAGUCAACUACAGCUCCUGAUUCUGUGCUGGGUUACACAUGCCUCUCGCCCACUUCGGCUCCUCGAGAUGGCAGAACUGAUCAACGUGACGCAACAAUCCGAAUUCACCGGCGAUUUCAAAGGUCUCAAGAGCCUUGUGCGUGCGGCAUGUGGUCCGCUUCUGGAGAUUUUGCCUGACGAGACCGUGUGUGUUAUCCAUCACUCGUUGACCGAGUUUCUGAACGGUUCGACGCGCCAGCCCGGGACGGUACCAACAGAGCAAGUUGAAGAAGGAGAACACUUUCCUGUUCUCCGCGCAGGGUCCACUCAUACUCAGCUUGCGCGAGUGUGUAUCGACUAUUUGCUGCGUUCAAAAUGCCUGGAAGCUGUCAAGUUAGAUCUGGUGAAAGACGACCCGCUUAGCAACAACGGUCGUUACGGCAAAGACGAGUCGCCACUAGUCAACCAUGAAAUUCGCUCAGAGUAUCCAUUCCUAGCCUAUUGUUUGGAUAAUUGGCAUGUGCAUUGGAGAAAAGCCGAAAAAGACCUCGUGAUCCCAGAAGAUCUCCUUUCUGCAGUCGACCAUCUUCUUUCAGACAGAAACGGCUCUGCAUUGCGAACGCUGACGGACCCGAAGACGAAGGACCAAUCAUCGCUGCACUUUGCGGCUCGUUUCGGGCUCGCGCAGUAUGUCUCAAGACUGCUAGAGAAGGACAGCAUUGGCAUAGACUCCGUGGAUAUGAGAGGGGAUACAGCCAUGCUCUAUGCCUCCAAGGCUGGACAUGCCAGUGUUGUCAAGGUGCUGCUGGCCCAUGGCGCUAAUGCUGAUAAGCCCUCUGAGUAUGAUGGCCUCAAGCCGCUCCAUGGCGCGGCAAAAAAUAACCACGGGGAGGUUGUGAAUAUACUUCUCGCUUCUGGCGUGAGCCUCCUGACAAAGAAAACCAAGGAAGAUAAUGAUUUUUAUGGAGGAGGAGAUGCUGGCACUGUGGGUGUGACACCACUUGAGUACGCCGCCAAAGGAGGACAAGAUGAUGCUAUUAGGGCCUUUCUACCUUAUAUCAAGGAUACCGAAACGGCCAGCAGUGCACUUGCAUGGGCGGCUUAUGGGGGCCACCCUGCCUGUGUCAGGAGGAUAUUGUCCCAUGAGCUAGUCAAUGUGAAUGCCCGUGUCCGUGGCGAUACUCCGCUCUUCAUAGCUGGUGAGAGAGGGGAUGUUCACAGCAUGAUCUUGCUGCUUCAGGCUGGCGCCAAUCCAUCAAUUCGGUCUCGGGGAAGAUACAGCAGCUUAUGGUAUGACGAAGACGAAGAAAACGAGGAACCGGAUCCCGUGACAGGUCUCACUCCAUUGCAUGCUCUGUGCGGCGUGAUGGACGAGAUUAGACGCAGCAGGCGGAAACCCAUCUUUCAACCAGACCAAGUGCGGCAACUGGUGACAUUGAUGGUUGAAUCUGGGGCAGACUUGAACGCAAGAACAUGGAGUGGAUGGGCCGCAGUCAUCGGAGCGACGAGGAAGUUUCCAGAGCUGGUACGUCCGCUGCUCGAGGCCGGGGCCGACGUAGCCAUCACCAACCGUGCUGGCGAGAACGCACUGCAUGGGUGUGGAGACCCAGACAUGGCGCAAAUGCUUGUCGAGCUUGGAAAGGCCGACAUAAAUCUAGUCUCAACCGAUGAAGGAAUGACGCCCUUUCUCCAGGCUGUUAACAAAGACGAUGGGGCCUCGGCCGCGCUCAUCAGGAAGCUGGCCGAGUUGGGAGCCGACGUCAAAGCCACGGACUAUUAUGGCCGUGGCGCUCUUCACCUUUUAUUCAGCAGGUUCGAAUUCAAGCUCCAAAAUCCAGAGGAGGAGAGAUUUGAGAUCGUCAAGGCUCUGUUGGACGUUGGCGUUCCUGUGGAUUUGCAGGACAACCACGGACAUGUAGCUCUGCAUGACCUCAUGCACUCAUUUCACUCACAUCGGAAAUCUUGGGAUGACAAAUAUGACCGGCUAAUCCGAGCUAUGCUCGCUGCGGGAGCCGACCUCAAUAAACAAGAUUAUCAAGGCUUGACGCCGCUUACCGUCCUGAUGCAGAACGCGAAGGGGGAAGAAACCGUCCAAGCAGUGCGCCAAUUCGUUGCGCUUGGUGCCGAUCCGCUCAUCUACGAUUGCCACGGGCGGAAUCUCUUGCACUACUGCUCCCCGAAAGAAGAGGAGUUGAUGGCUUGUUUGAUCGAGAUGGGUUGCAGCCCGGACAACUGCGAUGACGACGGAAACCCGUUGAAAUGGGAGACUCACCAUGUCAACAAGCAGGGCCGAACACAUCUUCACCUCCUGGCGUCCGGUGGCAGAUGGGAGUUUUCAAGUAGUUAUUCCGCAUCAGUUUCGCUCUCGGAAUAUCCAAACGUCGACUGUGAAGACAAAGACGGCAUCAGGCCCCUUCAUCUGGUAUGCAGGAAGGACGAAGAGGAGGUCAUGGCUCUCCUCAGAGCCGGCGCCAGCCCAACCAAGCCCACCAAAGAGGGCGUCACGCCAAUUCAUAUCGCCGCACGAUUCAGGAAGCCAAAUAUCAUCGGCUUGCUACUCGAGGUAAUCGAGAAACAAAGUGGGAAGGAGGCUGUUACUCGCCACCUCAACUCAUCAUGGCGGCCUGGGAAAGCAAGGCUGUCUGACGGGCUUCCUCCAGCGCUCCAUUUUGCUUGCUGUUCCGGCCUGCCGGAAUCGGUCGCGCUGCUCCUGGAGGCGGGCGCUGAUCCUAACUUGUAUACUGGUCGCUUCCGCACUCCUCUCUACUACUGCACGAAAUACGAGGAAGAAGAGGAGCUAUGGAAAGAAGCGAGGACAGCCAGCUCACCAUCCAGAAACCCUCGCGACGUGCCGUUCCGCGAUCCAUUUGGAAUUGCGUUGAAUGACAAGGCUCGGAUUAAAUAUCGAGAUGAGAAGCCAGUCUCCAACCUUGAGGAGGUGCUUGAUCUGCUGGUUUCGCAUGGCGUGAAGAUGGAAACGGGCGCCGAUCCGUUCUCCGGCCUGGACGGGGCGAUCAUUGCCAGCGAAGGGCACGACUACACCAUAGAGUGUUUGUUUAAGUUGAAACAGCGUCUGGAAGCAGGAACUGGAAAAUCAGACUUUGGCGGCGAAGAUGCCGUGACACUACCGCCGGUAGAGGAGUAUGUGGAAAGCUUGAUGAAGGGGUCAAGAUUCUCAAAACUGUCUCUAGCAUAUGGCUCGAUGUCGUCCAUCUACAGGCGUUCAGCUACUAGAAAAGCGUUCCUUUUCGCGGAAAAGGAGAGAUACGAGUCGGAUGAUGUUCUGCAACUGAUUGAGGAUCAUCAGUGGCACCUGCUCCGACACAUGGCCAGGCACGAUCCCGGCUUCUUCGGGCACAACGUAUAUGGGAAGUCUCACUUCACGGAGCUUAUAGGCUCAGGGCUUUACAAGCUAGUUGGUCAGAUCAUCAAGAAUGAUAGCUUCGUCGAGAUGGAGGAAAGCCAAAAUCAGAUGGUGCAGGGUUUGCUCGCUGGGAAAGGAGGGCGCGGCCAGAAAUAUGUUGCUCCAGCAUGCCUGCUAAGAGCUUGCGAACGACCGUUACCGAAUAUGCCAAUGCUCCGGCUGCUGGUUGAAGAGAUGGGCGCCAAUAUUAACGCCCAGCAUGCCGUGUUCGCAGGCAACGGCGAGAACCGCUCCUGGAAGAAAGGAUCCAGCGCGCUCCAUUACCUGGCACGUGGUUUGAAUUGGUGGCAUUAUGCUCAGGGCUUGAAGUAUCUCAUUGAGCGUGAGGCUGACCUCGAACUAAGAGACGCGCAAGGGAGAACCCCUCUACACCGUGCACUGGCAAAUAGAAGGACAACAGAGCCUGCUCGGAUCCUGGUUGAAGCUGGCGCGGAUGUCAACGCAGUGAAUGACUUAGGCAAAACCUGUGUUGCAUACGCUGGCAACAACCCUGAAGCGAUCAAGCUUCUCUUGAGUCACGGUGCGGUAGUGAAAGUGGCUGACCUAUUUCAGGCUACUUGGGACCCUAACAAGAAGGGAAAAAUCAACGCUGAGGCUCUCGAUAUCCUUUGUGCGGCAGUAGACCCCGACGCUCGGCUGUCUAAGGUGGAACUGGAGUCGUUGACACUGCCUUGGAGCAGCCUGGAGUAUCUGGUAGACGACGAUCAGAUCUACCCCCUAUACCUGGCUACCUCCCGCAACCCCGCCGAUACUCAAGCACGAUACUCCAAUAUUGACCGGCAGGGCAUUGAGGAGCGUUUCUUGCCUAUUAUCGAGGGCCUUGUUAGAAACGGCGCUGAUCCGUUUGUGAGGUACCAGAAACGCCGAAAAGAUGAUUUGAAGGCGGAAAACCCAUCGACAACGGAAGUAACACUUUUGCACGAUAUAUUGGAGGAGGGAGCAUUGACGGAGCCCAUUCUCCUUACGCCAAGUCUCCUUCUCGAGCACCGUGAUGCAAAGGGGCGCACUCUAUUGUUAGCAGCCUGUCGAAGUCAGAUAGGACCAGACACCAGCAUGGACGCAAUAAACCCAAAAUAUCAAUACAAAAGGUGGCGGAUCGCUGCAGACCUGUUCACCAAAAAGCCCUCAAUCGUCAAGUUUCUCGUCGAUAAGGGUGCUUGUGUUACGCAGACCGACAACAAUGGGAUGAAUGCGCUUCACCACAUUCUUGAAGCCAGAUCUGAGGGCGGCCAUGAUACCUUGAAGCUCUUGCUAUCUGUAGCGCCUGAGCUAGCCCGGCAGGUCGAUGCUUUCGGUGCUUCGCCCCUGCAGUAUGCGUUGCGGAGGAGCACGUCUCACCAGGCCCCGGAUACGCGAUCGAUUCGGAUGCUCCUUGACGCAAGAGCUGAUCCUUCUUUAUCAGACCCAACCGGAAACACGGCGUUGCAUCAUCUGGGGAUGUGGCUGGCAGACAAAGGGGAAACAGACGAUAUGGCUGAGCAGCCUUGCGAGUUGUUCAAGCGUCUCGUCGCGUGCGGCUUGACCGCCAAUAAACGUAAUAACAAAGGAGAGACACCCUUGUUUUUAUUCAUGCUAUCUCAAGGUGUGGACCGAGAGUCUGCGAAAAACAAUGGAUAUGUUGAGCGACAGAGCCAAGCAAUCCGUACGCUCGUUGAUGCUGGGAGUGAUCUAUCCACUACGAACAACGCAGGGGACACCCUGCUUCAUGCCGUUGCAGCCAGCAGCAGGAAACUACAGAAUGGAGAGACAGGAGAGCUUAUGGUUACACGCUUCAAAUGGCUGCUUGAGCAAGGAUUGGAUCCGACAAUAGAGAAUGUCAGGCAUCAGACUUGCCUGGACGUUGCAGCGGCCAACGAAAACGACCUGAUCUUGAAGCUCUUUGAAAGGAAGCCAUGA